AUGUGGUAUUUCGCUGGCGUGCCGCUUGUUCCUCAAAACCGCGUCUGGUUCAUUCUUAUCUUCCUCUUCACCUGCCUGGCAUUCGCUGUGGUCUUGAUGAGGUUUUACAGCCGGGUUAUCCUAACCCGUCUGGUGGGUUUCGAGGACUGGUUGAUAUUCCUCUCCAUGGCGAAGAUCGAACUGGGCCUGGGCUAUGGGGUCAAGCCAGACGACUUCAAAUCAUUCUUACACACCGAAUUCUUCACUACCUUGAUAUAUACAUGGAGCCAGUGGAUAAUUAAAUUAUCAAUUUCAGUGCUUUACUAUCGGAUAUUCUCGACUGCAAAACCUAGGAAGAUUGUGCGAUGGAUCAUCCUUUGGUUCGUUAUCUACGGUGUGGUGAACUGCAUUACACCGAUCUUCUGCUGCAUCCCUGUCCGAAAGUUUUGGGAUCAUGAUACUCAGGGCUAUUGUAUUGAAUGGGGUUAUCUUCACUACACGCUCUCUUCCAUCAACAUUGCGAACGACUUCCUUCUUCUGGUCUUUCCUAUGCCGAUACUGGUUAAACUUAAUGUAUCCGUUAGAGUGCGUGUGAUUCUUGUCGUGACGUUGACCUGCGGCUUAGUGGCUUCUAUUGCAUCUAUCUUGAGGCUCCAGGCGCUUGUGACGUUCUUUUCAGCCACAGUUGACAAAAGACCAAUCCUAGGCAGCUCAGUCACCACUUGGUCUAGCCUGGAAAUUAAUCUGGCCAUCAUAUGUAGCUCGGUGGCUUCGCUCAAACCUUUGUUCGCACGUUUUAUUGGGUUUAUUCCGCACUCGGAGGCGAAGUCUACGGACCGAAAUACCCCAGGCUACCAGCCGCCCAAACAGCACAGUGACCAGUCUUGGGUCCCUCUUGAAACAUUUAAUGAGCGCACACUAACCACAUGGCAUUCAAUUGGUGAUGUUGAGGCUGAGGCAGAGAGUAGUAAACUCUGGGUGGAUGAAACACGGGAGACCAAGUCUUCAGUAGUGGCUGGAACUAGCAGCCAGAAGGGACUGGUGGCGGGAUCCAACAAGUCCGGAGAUGAUUUCGAUCAGCAGGCAUAG